GCGACCACGACCUUUAAGCACGGGGCGGUGACCAUCUGGGUAAAGCCGGAUCCGAUACAGACAGCGCGGCGGUCAUUCAUGACGUAUCGAUAAAUGGGAGUUGACGGGAAUGUGAAUUUUGUGUACACUAUAAUAAGAGCACGUCUCCCAUGUGACCGCUGAUACACAUGCACACCCACUGUGUUUAUGGAUUCAUAAAAGUGUUUGCAAUUCAUUACAUAUUCAAUACAGUAGGUACAGGCUGUAUGAUAGAGUCAGUUCGCUCUCCCCCAGAGGUUCUGCUGUGCUGACUACAAGCUAGCAGUGGGAGCGAGGAAUACCCGCACUUAACAAUUGUACCAAAUACUGAUUCCGUAUGAUAUAUAUAUAUUCGUACUAUAUGUGGAUCUAUUCGUUCAUGUAACGAGAUUUGUCGAAAGAGUCGUGUGUUAAUACAACCUUGAAAUUGGUUGACGCAUGAGAAGUUUAUCGAUUACUUUUGUCUAGCAUUGCUGGACGAUCAACAUCUGUUCUGUUAGGAGUGGAGGGAUCCAGGAUUAUUUCAUCGUACGAUCCGAUUUGCUUGAUACCGAUCUAGAUGGGACGAUUCGGCUAUUUGCUGAAUGAUAUUGCGAAAUCCACGGGAUAUAGUCAGCGAUCGUCAUUAGUGAUUCUCAACAUCCUUGAUGUAUGUGUGACUGCAGACAGCGACUUCCGGUUUACCGAAGGACUACCAAUACCAGUAGUAGUGUAAAGACGUGAAUUGAUUCCCAGAGGAAAGCAAACAGGAUUCAGUUCCGAGAGGAAAGUACACAGGAAUCGGUUACGACACUUGGUUAUAAGACAAACAAGUUGCUGUAUGGAAGUGAAACGCGUCGUUUGUUUUGGGAACCUACACGGUACAUUUUGUGUAUUAGCCAAGACAAACAUAGUUUGUUAUAAUUAAAAAGUUCAGAUUGCGGUGAUAUGCAUCAGUUAUGUGUAAUGAGAUAUAUAUCUUCUGUACCGACCUGGUGAAGGCGAAACAGCGUCUACUCUAGGAACGUUUUUCGGAGUGACUGAGUCUGUCGUCCAACACAGACAACUUUAUCUGGAGUAAGUGAAAGUGAGUAUUCGCGUCAAGUGUGGCAUAUUUGUUCCAUUGAAAGUGUGUUUGUCCGGCCAUAUUUGUGAAAGUAAAAAACAUCUUGUUGACUAAAGUCAUUCUUGAAAAAGCUGGAGUUGCGAGGUUGGAAUUAAUUUUUGUGUGUAUAAUGUGGUGUUAUUUCGCCGGUUAAUCUGAAAACUCGGACUAUCACUAGGAUUCAGUUUUGUGUCUAUCGCUUUCGAAUUCUGGGUGAUAUACUAGCAAUUUCAACAGGAAAAAAAUAUCACUAUGUGUGAUGGUUACAGUAGUGAUAAGUGAACUGGAUGAGAUAAAAAAUCAUUAAGUGAGCUAGUUACAUGUUCUAAGAAUAUAUUAUUAGUGAAAGUUUAUGAAAUAUAAUUCUACAGAAUGGAAACUUUGAACGUAGGUAAAGUGGAUCAAAGUAAAAUGUUUAUUGAACUGUUAAACGAUGAUGAGGAUGAGGAUGCAAUCCACGACAUCAGGAGACGCGGAUCAAACGUAUCAUUGUCAAGGUAUAGGUCAUGCCCACAACUCCUCGACGAACUUAACAUCAACAAGGGUCAAAUUCAGUCAUUCGAGACAACAGUGGACGACUCGGCGAACCUUGGGAAUAAGAUAAGCCCACAGAGUCCUGUUCCAUUGAUGCGUAGACACUUUCAGUUUGACCAAAAUGGCAUGCCCGGCUCAGCUACCCCUACACCGCCCUCCACACCCCGAAGUCGGCUUAGUGUACACUCACAAAGGGAUUCCCCAUCGACUCCUGUCCAAGGCUCUUCACCUGUGUCAACGCCUCGUCUACUUCACAGACCACACCUCUCUCGCCCUUCUCUCAGUCGCGACUCCUCCGCCGAUAGCCAGAACGAUUCUAAAAAUAACUUCACGCACGUGCCUUUCACUGAAGACGUAACACGAAGGCAUGAUCACGGGUCAUCAACCACGGUCACUGCUAGUCCACAGAGGCCGGGAAUGGCUCGUGGGGACGGCACCGGAACGGCAGAAGUUACGGGUUUGGGAGGGCAUAGAAAGUUAUCUGCACAGCUCAAUUACCUUGGUCCAAGCAUUAUCACUGGCGACCCGUCUACAGAGUGUAACCAAGAUAAGUGUGAAAAGUGGCUUCAAUCCCUACACCUGUCUAAACCGGACAAAAUCAAAUCCAGAAGCCACAUACAGUUACCGCCAAUAUGACAUUAAAACAUUGUGACGUCGCGCUGUCUGUACCAGCAGACAGUGCCAUAUGCAUGGUGACAAUAUAUCAGGAGGAUCAAUCUUAAGUGCAAGGGGUAACUUUCCCUUCUACAUAGACCAUUUUUGUGACUCUAUUGUUAGUUUUUCUUGUUACACUCAAGCUCAAACAUUCAUAGGAUCCAUGGAGAAGAUUGUCAUUUUCGUUUGGUACUGAUAUAACUGAAGAGAGCUCUUAAAACGAGCGACCAAUUUACUAGUUUGAACUCUUAUACUUAAAUUUCAAAUCUUAAACGAAAGCUGCUGUUGCAAAAAAAAAAAAAAAGAAAAAAAAGAAAAGUUCCAUGUUUUAUAAACAACAAGAGCGUCGUUUUCACGGAACAUUGGUUUAGACCAAUCCGGGGCCGUAAUUUAAAUUCCCAAUCCGCCAGUAGACGAGAGAAAAAACCAUUCUACUAUCAAGUUAAUAUGAUUAUAUUGUUGGAAUCCCAAGAACAACAUUUCAAAUAUCAAAAUGAUUUUGCAAGAUGACUGUAGGUUUUUGUUAGUCUCAAUCUACUGGUAAAACAAGUAAAUAAAGGUCAUGUCAAACCAUCUUUAUUGGUAUACCAUGCGAAAGGAUUGUACAAGUGACACGCGAGAUGAUGGCACCUUCCAAACUUUUGAGUUAGCUACAGCACAGCCUAUAUUGAACUACAUCAUACAUCUUUUAUGUCCUUCUAGGACUUGUCAGUGAUGGUAAGGGCCUAACAUGAGUAUAGGAGGCGAGUAACCUCGGACAAAAUUCAAUAAAUUGGAUUUCUAAAUAACGUCAAGUAUCAGUAAAAAAUGUAUAUCAUGAACCAUUUCAUCAUGAACAUUAAUUAGAAUGUGACAAACAGGCUGCAAACUAAAAAAUAGCAAAUUAAAUUCUCGCAGUUAUUAUACAGAACAGUCAUGCAUGAAAUCCAUCGCUGCCUACAAACGUUUUUCUCCCUGCAACUUCAGCAUUAAAACUUUUCCAUCAGAUGUCUAUAUCUGUCCACAUAACUUAAGAGAUCACCAUUUAAUAGUGAUUCCAUAUCUUAAGACUGGUAUUAAAUAUAAAUAGCUAACGGCUGCUGAUAUCAAAUAAUCAAAACAAUGUUUGAGUUAAAAAUCGAUAACGAAGUUGAAGAGCUGUUUUCGAUGACAAUAACGAGACAGGAUUAAAAGGUAUAAAUAACCCACAUAAACCUAGAGGCCAAUUGUAAUACGUCAGACAUUUACGUACUUCACACUGGAAAUAGAAGUCAGCUUACACCAUAACCUUGGCAACCUUUGUUUUUAAUAUCAGGACUUUGCAACAAUAACAUGUUCUUGGUUUUGUCGGUCACUGAGGAGGUGGUUUACCAAUUUCAUAUUUUCACUAGAUGUAUGUAUGAUUUAUUUGUUAUAAUCAGCCCCUACUGUCACCCCCGAUCAAAGGUUAUAUAACACUAAACGUGUGUUUCUCCCAAAGACCAACAACACGACUUAUAGCGCCAGUGUAAGGUCGAAUGGCAUCAAACUAGUCUGUAAAGAGACUUCCAAUGAAACAAUUAUAUUUGUAGGUGUUUACAAGUCUGAAAAGUUCCUACGCUUGUAACAGAAGGGAACACAGCCAUAGAUCACUGGAGCGUGUCUGCUUGCCUUUUAAACAAAACAAUCCUUUUACAAGCUUCCAAACUUGAGGAUCAUCACGAAAUAAAUAGACAUAGACUGUUAUGAAGGUUUUAAGUAUUAAGAUAUCUUUGUAUUAUCUAGAGGUUGUUUUUAAUUGUAACGUAAACUAAGCGUGGUUGUUGAUAUACAAUAUUUAUCUAUAGUUUAUACAAUGAUAUUUAUUUAUAAACGCGCACGUCACACAGUCAUUCAACCUUACGUAUACAGCCCAUCAGAUAAACAUACCUACAUAAACACAAAAUAACCCUUAAAGUCCCUGAGAGGCCACCAAAUAUACAGAUAUAGACAAUGUGAUACUCAUUUCCAAACAAGCAAAAAAUAUCGGACAUUUUCUGUGUAUUAUGACAUUAUUAAGAAUAUUAAACCUUGGCAUUUCUGUUCUAAACUCACCGAAGUACCGUCAAUGCGUGUGUUAUCAUUGUCGUUGGUGAAUAUUUCAGUAGAUUCUGAAGAGAAGCUAUUUAAGCGAUCUUUAGGGCUCAACAAGUGUUCUUCUCAGACUUUUAUAAAACUAUCGAUAUUUUCGGAAAAAAAGUGAGAAAUGUAUGUUAAAACAAAAAUAUUUAAUAAUUAAUGUUAUUAUUAUAGCGACAAAAAAGUAGACUUCACAAUUCACCUAGUUCCCUCACUCCAACAACAUCUUAUUCAUUUUUAGUUGCUAUCCCAGGGCUAAUAUCUUUAUCACCCCAACAGAAGGGCUGUCUGACUAAUGAGGGACAUCACUAGUCUGGUUAACUUGAGCCUUGUUGCCGCUCAUACAGGAACUUAUAUGCCAUAGGAUUAUAAGUUCUGGUCAUGUUUUUUUUGUUAUAUACAGAGUUACCAAUCAAUCUAACACCAGGGCCCAGUUGUUAAAAAGGUGAUUAGCUUAAUCACUUGAUUAGUGAAAAUCUCAUUUCUCAUUUACUUCAAAACCCCAGGUUGUAUCCCUUACAAUAGGCAGGUCGGAAGUUACUGACGAGUGUUAUAGUUUCAUAAAAUAUUGUCCAGUUUGUCAAUCAGAAAAUAUUUUAUCAGGAUUUUGAAAGUGUUGGGCCUUGGGUAUAUUUAAAAGAGGACUGGUUUUGUGUCAUCCGGCGAUGUUGAUCAAUGAUAUCUAGAUAGAACGUAUAUAAGUGUAUGGAACACAGCCUGUAGCCUUGUAAGUUCUAUACUAAUGUAUUUCAGAUAUGUACAUACUGUAUAUAGAUAUUUUAGUUGAGCUAUAACAUACAAUUAUUAGCGCGAGAUUGUUAUCCUCUAUAGGACUAUUGCCGACGGUCGUCACACAAAUUAUAUACCGGUUAUUCCCUGUUCCCGGGGUUCAUUAGAAAAACAAACAAAAGCCUUUUACUAUUGCUUCAUGGAUAACACGUUGACUAUUUUUGUCCCUUUUGUUAAAAAUAUAUUAUAGCACGAGUUAUAAUAAAGUCUUACAUUUAUUGACUUCUAUUAAGAUGAUAUAAUGUUACUAUCGUGGGCAUUUUUCAUAAAAGUGAAUGGUCGAACUAAAUAUUUUUCAGCCCAUGUCAUUUAGUUAAGUGAAAUUAGUAUUCGAAAAAAAUAAAUAAAACAAUACCCAAAAAACUAAUAGAAUUUGCUCGUUAGUAACGAGGAAAACAGUCACAUCGUAAAAGAUUAUGAAGCCCAGUUGAAACGGCCAACUUUGUACAUGUAUAUAUCAUUUCUAUAACGGGGUUAGUCCAAAACAUAAUAUAGAACAAAAGGUAUGUGACAUUGAUGUUGGUGCUUAAGAAAGCAAGCUGUUAUAUGUAUGAAACUGUGAUGUUUGUCGUUCCAAUCAAAUGUUUUGUCAAAUAUUUCGAUUUAAUGAUAUAAAUUAUUAUCGUUAUUGUAUUUAAAUAAAAUGAAAAUAAACAUUCCUGCUA